AUGGCUAUGAGAGCAAGGCAAAAGAUUCGUGCCCCCCGGAGGGGUUUAACCUCCAAUAAAGCAGAUGAAUUUGAAUCGUACUGGAAUGACCUGUCAGGGUCUUUGAAAAAGAUCCACACCAAAAACGCCUCCACUAUUUCGUUCGAACAACUAUACCGGAAUAGCUACAACAUCGUACUGAUGAUGCGCGGGAACGAUCUGUACGAUCGAGUGAAACAGCUAGAACAGGAGUGGCUGAAUACCGAGGUUCAGAAUCGAGUGACAGAGGCGAUUACUUCUCCUAGUCUGCUGCUAGCGAAGGAGGUUACCAAUGUGCAAGAUCAAGCGAAUGAGAGAAGAGAGGCAGGAGAAAAGUUCUUGAAGGUCCUAAGGGAGGUGUGGGAAGAUCAUCAGCUAUGUAUGAGCAUGAUCACAGACGUUCUCAUGUAUAUGGAUCGGGUAGUCUCGACAGACACUAAAAAGCCGUCGAUCUAUGUUGCAGCCAUGGCCUUGUUUCGCGACUCUGUAUUACGAGCGUCUAUCCCUGAUGGAGAGGCAACAGUUGUUAGUGUUCUAGAGUCCACGGUGCUCUUCAUGAUCGACAUGGAACGAUCGGGGCAUAUUAUCGACCGGACUUUGAUUCGGCAUUGCAUUUACAUGCUCGAGGGUCUUUACGAAACUAUAACGGAGGAGGAGUCAUCAAAGCUUUACUUGACUAUAUUUGAGCCGGUUUUCCUGGAAACAAGUAAAGUUUUCUAUCGGGCAGAGGGGAAACGGCUGUUGGAGAUGGCAGACGCUGCUACAUUCUGUAAGGUAGCUUCUGAGCGCAUAGCAGAAGAACGAGAGCGUUGUCUCUACACUCUGUCGCCCCUCUCCGAGUCGAAAAUCAAAGACGUGUUGGAUAAUGAGUUGAUUCGCAACAAUAUUGCCGAUGUUGUCAAUCUUGAAGGCACUGGCGUCAAGAACAUGAUCGAUGCCGAUCGCUUGGAUGUUCUGCGGAGUAUAUAUGUGCUCAGUGCGCGGGUUGACAGCAGAAAGACCCCUUUGACCGCGGCAGUUCAGAAGCGCAUAGUCGAGCUAGGUCGAGAGAUUAAUGCGUCGACAGUUGUGCUCGCCCAAGCGCCUCCGCCAAAGCCAGUAGAGAAGAGCGCCGAUGGUGGAAAGAAGCCGGCAGAGAAAGAGAAGGAAAAGCCGGCGAACCAACAGACCACGUCUGCUAUCAAAUGGGUAGAUGACACUUUAGGGCUCAAGAGGAAGUUUGACAAUAUCUGGCAGGAGUCGUUCCAAUCCGACCAGACCAUGCAGAGUGCCAUCACAACUAGCUUUUCAGAGUUCAUCAACUCAAACAGUCGCAGCUCCGAAUACCUAUCGCUUUUCUUCGAUGAAAACCUGAAAAAGGGCAUCAAGGGUAAAACAGAAAGCGAGGUAGACUCCCUCUUGGAGAAUGGCAUUACGCUCUUGCGUUAUGUGAAGGAUAAAGAUCUCUUUGAGGCUUACUACAAGAAGCACCUUUCCCGACGUCUUCUAAUGAAGCGUGCAGUUAGCAUGGAUGCAGAGCGACAGAUGAUCUCGAAGAUGAAGAUGGAGGUGGGAAAUCAGUUCACGCAACGUCUAGAGUCCAUGUUCAAGGAUAUGGCCAUCUCUGAGGACCUGACCGCCAGUUUCAAGGAGCAUAUUCGGCGGAUAGACCACGGUGAUCGCAAGCCAAUCGAUCUGGAAGUCAAUGUUCUUACCAGCACCAUGUGGCCUAUGGAGGUCAUGUCAGCAGCUAAGGGCGAGGACGUCCAGCUUCCAUGCAUCCUCCCGAAAGAGGUGGAAAGCAUCAAGCAGAGCUUUGAGAAGUUUUACCUGGGCAAGCACAGUGGUCGCAAACUCUCCUGGCAACCCAGCAUGGGAUCGGUCGACAUCCGGGCAACGUUCCGUAGAUCCAAUGGCAAGACUCAACGCCAUGAACUCAAUGUUUCCACAUACGCCAUGGUCAUCCUGAUGCUUUUUAACGAUUUGCCGGACGGCAAAUCUCUUAGCUAUGUGGAGAUCCAAGCCCAGACAGGCAUUCCCGAGCACGAUCUAGUGCGAAAUCUCCAGUCACUCGCUGUGGCACCCAAAACCCGUGUCCUGAGAAAGGAACCGAUGAGCAAGGAUGUGAAACCCACUGAUGCAUUCUUCUUUAACGACGACUUCCACAGCCCGUAUAUGAAAGUCCGCAUUGGCGUUGUCAGCGGCACUGCCAACAGGGUCGAGAAUCAGGAUCAGAGGAAGGAUACCGAAAAGCGUAUGGCCGAUGAGCGUGGUGCCAGCAUUGAAGCUGCGAUCGUGCGAAUCAUGAAACAACGCAAGACGCUGGCGCACUCGAAACUCGUGAGCGAAGUGCUUAGCCAAUUGUCAUCACGAUUUGUCCCCGAUGUGAACAUGAUCAAGCGACGUAUUGAAAGCCUGAUUGACCGGGAAUACUUGGACCGGGUGGGGGAAGAGCCGCCGACCUACGGCUACGUCGCAUAG